AUGCCACAAUGUUGGGCUAACUUAUCUUACAUAAAGGUUGCAAUAUUAUCAUCUAAUAAGCUUUUGGGGCCCAUUCCAAGCUCCAUUGGUGGAGCUUACUCGUUGGGAUGGUUGCAACAGAGUAACAACAGUUUUAUAAGGCAACACCCCCAAAAUUUGGAGAAUUGCACCCAGUUAAUGGGUUUGGAUAUUGGAGACAACAAGUUACCAGAGAAAGUUCCGGAAUGGAUUGGAAACAAUAUGCUUAAUCUGGCAAUUCUUAGGCUAAGUUCCAGAGAGCUUAUCAAAGUUGACCUUUUGAGUAAUUUGAACUUGUCCAACAACAAUUUGUCUGGGAGUAUUCCGAAUGGACCUCAACUUCAAAAACUCAACAGAAGUUCGGAUUAUGAGGGAAACCCUGGACUAUGUGAAGCUCUAUUGGCCCAACAAUGCGAAGUUAAUAGAACAUCGUCGAAAGGUAAAAAUGGUGGGGAGCAUGGUGAUGAUGGAAAUGCAGUCCAUAAGUUAUACCUUUAUGACUUUGUAGUUGGUGGUUUUGCCCCUGGAUUAUGGGGUUACUUUGGUGUUUUGAUCUUCAAAAAGAGUUGGCGACAGGCUCUAUUUGGGUGGAUGGGUGCUCUAUUGAAGAAAAUGAUGGGGCGGAGUUAG